CUGUCAUGGUUUGGGCGCAUCAAGAAAUCGUUGCAUGGAGAUUUUGGCUCAAUAUGUCUCUUAUUAUUUCUUUAUUUGCUGCAAGGCAUUCCGUUGGGUUUGAUUGCAGCUAUUCCUUUGGUGCUCUCUAGCAAAAGUGCAUCGUACAGCCAACAAGCUGUGUUCUCUUUUGCUUAUUGGCCUUUCAGUAUAAAGUUGCUUUGGGCACCUAUAGUGGACUCAGUUUAUUGGAAACGUAUAGGUCGCCGAAAAUCGUGGAUGGUUCCAUGCCAGUAUCUUCUUGGAAUUUUCAUGCUUUUAUUAUCAUACAAAGUGUCUGAAAUUAUGGGAGAUGAAGACUCAGAUUCAAAUCCACCAAAUGUAUUUGUACUAAUGUUGAUGUUUUUGCCAUUGAAUUUUCUCGCUGCUACUCAAGAUAUAGCAGUUGAUGGCUGGGCGCUUACUAUGCUCUCUAGGAAAAAUGUUGGAUAUGCGUCAACCUGCAACGCAGUUGGUCAGACGGCAGGUUUUUUUCUAGGUAAUGUUGGUUAUUUAACGCUCGACUCACCGGAUUUUGCUAAUCGUUUUUUCCGUGCGGAACCAAAACCAUAUGGCUUAGUGGGAUUAGCUGGAUUUAUUUUUUUUUGGGGAUGGGUAUUUUUAAUCACAACGACUGCCGUACUCGUAUUUAAGAAGGAAAUUGAUUAUUCAGUUUCAAACAAGUUCGUUUCUUCCUUAUAUGAAAAAGAUGAUAAAAGUGAAGAAUUGGAACUUGGGAUUAUUGAAACAUAUACUGUUUUAUGGAGAAUCUUGCGGCUAAAACCAAUGAUAUGGAUGGUUCUUGUAUUGCUUACCGGGAAGUUGGCAUUCGCUGCUACUGAUGGCAUAACAGGUUUAAAAUUGAUUGGUAUGGGUAUGCCAAAGGAUAAACUCUCUGGUAUGGCUGUAUUUUUAACUCCAUUACAGAUACUUCUUCCCUGGGCAAUUGGUAGAUAUACAUCUGGUCCACGACCACUUGAUGUUUUUCUACUUGCUUAUCCGUAUAGGAUAUUUAUGAGUGGAGUUUUUGCCGCUAUGGUUUGGUGGACACCCUCAUUCAAGUUGUCUUCGGGUGACUUCUCUGUUUUAUUAUAUAUUUUUUGGAUUGCAGCGUACUGCUUUCAUCAGGUUGCAUCUUAUAGUAUGUUCGUAUCGAUGAUGGCAUUUAAUGCACAGGUAUCUGAUCCAGCAGUUGGAGGCACUUACAUGACCCUGCUGAAUACAUUAAACAACCUAGGUGGCAACUGGCCUGUAACUCUAAUUCUUUCAAUUACCGAUCAUUUUACUUUUAAAAAUUGUGUCGAUCAGCAAACGAAAGUCAUUCUUGGUUCAUGCAGCACAAAAGUGUUGGAAGAUGAAUGCACAGCAGGAGGAAAAGUUUGUGAUGUUGUUGUGGAUGGCUAUUACAUCGCAGUAAUAUUAUGCUCUGUAAUUGGAAUCAUUUGGUAUAAAUUACUAUUCAUAAAAAUAAAAUAUUUCCAAAAAAUAUCACGCAAUGAUUGGAGUGUUGUGAAACGGUAA